UUGUUAUAUUUUUCCCAGAAUCUUGAUGAUAUUGAUGAGACUUUAACUGAGAGGCUGUUAGGGUUAACAGAAAUGUUUCCAGAGUCUGUACGCAAUGGCACAAGUACUGCAGCAAAGGGAAUAUUCAGUAGUGCUAAGUGGCUUUACAAAUUCACUGGCAAGACAUGCUGGAUUCUGAGUACUUCAUUUGUCAUACUGGCCUUACCUGUCAUUUUUGAGGUAGAAAGGGUGCAAACAGAGGAAGCACAACUUCAACAACAGAGACAAGUAAGUUUAUUUCAUACAUGUUCAACGGGGUACAUGUAUACUACAUAUGGAAAUGAAUUAUAGCAGAGCGUCCUCGCGGGCAGCAGAGCCCUAUACUUAUAGCAAAUGGAAACCUUAUCAAUGCCAGAAAAUUUGGUUUUGACGUCAUGGUACGCCUGUACAUAUGUAUGUAUGUACAGACUCUGGGGGUAGGGGUAAACAAGUAGAUUUGUUGCUAGAAAAGUAGCAACAAAUGGGGAUGCCGGAGGUGACAAGGACUUCAGUUUAAGCCUGGUUUGCUCCCAGCAAUUUUUUUGACUGGGAACUCAAACGUUAUUAUUUUCUGUUGAAACUGAAUUCUAGGUGGUGAUCUGUCAAUACCUCCUCAACAAUCUGGGGUGCAUGGAGUCAUGUUAAAUUGAGUAGGUUUGUGCGUAGGUGUAACUCGACCUGAUGUUUAGAGAAGAAGGAGAGAAGAGAGUGAGAGAGGCCGGAAUGAAUGGAAAAUUCAAAAACAGGGCAUGCCAGUGGUCAACCUACAAUAAGGAAAGAAAAAAAUGUUUGUUAUACUCACUAAUCGAGUCGAUCAAAAACAAGCAAAAGCAGCUGAAAAUAGACUUUUCUGUUUAAAGAAAUACGUACCUCGAAAUAUUUCACCAGACUUGCCAGUAGCCUGGAACAUUAUCAGUCAAGUUUCAGAAGUUCAACCUUAGUAUGAACUGGAGAAAAUUACGCGUAUCAUUGUGAUCCUAAAAAAAGAAACAAAAAACACAUUUUAGUCAUCUGACUUGUUGAACAGCACAAAGACAAUGACAGGAGCGGAAAAAAGGCGCCAAAUCUUUACUCACCUAACCAUGCAUAUGUCAGGACAAAUUUUAGCAGCAUUAUAUUCAUAGACAUUCAUAAAGGUCACGUAUGGGGAGGCUGAUUUCAGAUGUGUCAUGGCAAAAUCAGUAAACAAGCUUAACUGCGAAAAAUUCCUGGUUUAGUUAUGUAAUCCAGUUUUUAUGGUUUCCUAUAUCUUUCUUUUAGUUUUAUGGAAACUGGCUUCAGCAAAUCGUAAGGGAUUAUAAAAGCUCUACCAUCACUGGACAGAACUUCUUUAAUCCAAUUAAUGCAGCCCCAUGGGAAAUACACGUGCCUCCUGGAAAAAAAGAGGGAUGCCCUCGGCAUCCCCUAACUCAGCUGGGUAGGGAAGGGCGUCCCAGACAUGAACGUUGCGUUUUGUUUUGGCGCAAAAUUAACCAUUUCAGGGCCAACGGAGUUGCUCAAGUAAAAACCCUAGAUUGAAGUUUCUUGGUUCGAUUUUCGAUAAAAAUUUCAGAAAUGAAUUUGUUUGUUUGGACGGUCACACUUUUGGUCACACUCCAGAAACAACAUACAAUCUUAGCUAAUCUUAGACAAAACAAAUGGGAAUUUAUACCCCCCCCCCUCCCCCUGAAAUCAAGGAUGGGAAGAUAUUGCGUUUUGGCUUCUGCAUGCCUUCAGCCUUGAUUUGGGGAGAUGUGGGUUUACUGUUCCAUCUUAUUUUGUCCAAGCUUGUCUGAGAGUCUAACUGGCAUUACUCACAGGGUUGUGUGUAGUAAUCAUGACAAGAAACCUGCAUUCACUCGCUUCAAAGCUAAAUGCUUUCAAUGCAAACCUUGUCAUUUAUCAGUUAUUGAAUAGCCUGUAUGAAGUGGUGGAUGCAUGAUUAACUACACGAGAGUUCUACUGCAUUGAAGAGGGAAAAAAGACAUGCUUAUCUGAGUCAUUGUAAUAAUUUUAAUAUGCUUGAAGGCAGAACGCCACAAAACAUACAUAGAAAUUGCAUUGGCUGGAAAUUGAAAGAAUAAAAUUGUAAGAAAAAAGUUAGUCUGACUGCAAACAAGAUUCAAACCUGCCAAAAAAACCUCAUGUAAGCUACUUCUGCUUGCCAAUGUUGCAUGCUAGACCUCUAGGCUAAAAAGUGUAUCUCGGUGCCUUUACAGAUAAUUGUUAGCACUAUUUUGUCUAUAUAGGUUGGGUUUUUCAUCCUAAAAAAUCGAACACGAUUUAUGUUGACAAACAUAUGGAUUAGCAAGAUUUGCAACAGAUUCUUGACAGUUUUUUCAGUUUUCACGAUUUUGUUGUGGUACAGUGAAGUAAGAGACAAUGAACCCCUUUUAUUGAGCUAUUUUUGAGCUAUUUUGAACGAAUAUCUCAUAUGUGAGUGGUCUAACACUUGAAUUUAGUAAUUUUAGCAAAUUCUGCGAUUUUUCCAAUGUUUCGUGAUUUUUGGAAAAGUCACAGAAAUUGUAGUUUUUGCUGGGUACCCUUCUACCUCCUGUAGCACUUGAAUUAAUAAUUUUAGCAAAUUCUGCCAUUUCUCCAAUUUUUCGCAAUGUUUGGAAAAAUCGCAGAAAUUGCAGUUUUUGCUGGGCACCCUUCUACCUCUUCUAACCCUUUAAGGGUGACCAUCAUUUGAUUUUUCUAGCAGUAACACUGCUCAAUCAAUCAUAGGGGUCAUAGAAAAGAAAACGGUGUUAAAAAAAGAAUGGUUUCAUGGUUAGAUCAAUUUUUGAAAACAUCUUCAAUCAUUAAAACAUAGAUGUUCAGUAGCCACCAUUCCAGUUACCUUUGUAUGGACAUUUUCAAUAGUUAUUUCAGACAAAAAGACUUUGUAAGCAUCAGUGCCAUUUGCCAUUCUUAGUAGUUCUUAUUUUAAUAAAUUAUUUAAAGAAUCAUUUUGUUUCAAGUUGCAGUUUCUCAAUAUUACAGCUAGACAAAUGCUGUGAUCAACAUUGUCGUUUUACAGUUUUCCACUUACAUGUGACAGAAAUAACACAACCCUCCAGUCAUUAACGCUCUCUGCAAACUUUCCUACUGCAUUAUUUAUUUUAUACUUUGAAUAAUGCUCACACUUCUCCUUUUCAACACAGAAAUUAAACGUCUUUACCGCACUUUGUUGAUCUCUGAUUACUGUUACUAGUUCUUAAAAGUCAAGAAGCUGUUAAUGAAAGUGUUAGAAAUCCUCUCCACUGGCAAAUAAAAAAACAAUGCAUACUAUUUUUAAUCAUUGUCUCAUGCAUGAUUCAUGUGGCCAAGACGUUUCUUAGAACAAUUCUUGAAAAAGAACCUGCAGCAGCCAUUUAUCUUUUCUUUUUUACAUUUUGCUAGCCUUAGUUAAAGGAGUCGUGAAAGUGUGGAAAAUAAACAAUAUACCAUCCAUGAAGUAACUUAUUGUUACUUUGCUUUGCAGUUGAACUGCAAAUUUCUUAUAGAUAUUUGAGAAUUCAAAUAGCAGUAAUGAUCAAAAUAAGAACUGCGAUUAUAAAAAAAAAUGCAGUGGAAUCUUCAUUGUGCAGCCAUUCUUGGGGUACCCCUUAGACUGCCUAAACGUUGGCCGCUCAAUAGCUGUAAUGGAGCUUCUUCAUUAAUUAGUAUAAAUAUCAGAAACAUCCUUACAUUUUGAAUCAAACCUGACGGGAGCAGCAUUAUUGGUCCACAAUCAGUCAUUACCUACUAUUUAGGACUGUAUUUUCGUUCAUUGUAUGGUUUGAAAAUAAAGCCAAAUUAAGUUUAUCAACCGCUUGGUGGCCUCUUGAUAGAGGUGACAAUAACAAUGGGAGAACUCUUGCCGGGAUGCUAAAAAGAUGACGGUGGCCACUUAAUAGAAAAGGCCGCGUAGUAGAGGUUUAAUUGACAAUUCGUUUCUAUGAUUAUUUCACGACCUUGAUUACUGGCAGCUUAAUAGGUGGCUGCUUAAUGGAGGUUCAACUGUAUGAUAAUGUUGAUCAUACUGGGCCUUCUUUCUUGCAAAUGACCCUCUUGAAUUUCAGGAUGGUGUCCAUGGGGCCCUCAUUGGCUACUUUCUUGAAUAAACCCUGACGUCAUGUUGACUGUUGUAUACCGUUCACACCAUUUUUUUUUUCUUGCUAAAAUUGAUUGUUAUUCAAUAAAUGCUUAUUUCUCUCUCUCUUCUCAAGAUUCUUCUCGGCCCUGGAAGCACUGCUGGAGGAAUGGGGCUUCCUCCUGGAUACCCUGCGCCGCAGCAACAUAGAAGUUAA